GCUUAUAAAGAAAAGAUGAAGGAGCUGUCCAUGCUUUCUUUGAUCUGCUCCUGUUUUUACCCAGAAUCUCGCAACAUUAAUAUAUACACAUAUGAUGAUAUGGAAGUCAAACAUAUCAACAAACGUGCCUCUGGCCAAGCUUUUGAACUCAUCUUAAAGCCGCCAUCUCCAGUCUCUGAAGCACCACGAACCAUGCCCUCUCCAAAGAAGAAAGAUUUGUCCCUUGAAGAGAUCCAGAAAAAGCUGGAAGCUGCAGAAGAAAGGAGAAAGUCCCAGGAGGCCCAGGUGCUGAAACAACUGGCAGAAAAGAGAGAACAUGAGCGAGAAGUCCUGCAGAAGGCUUUGGAGGAGAACAAUAACUUCAGCAAAAUGGCAGAGGAAAAACUGAUACUGAAAAUGGAACAGAUCAAAGAAAACCGUGAAGCUAACUUAGCUGCUCUUGUUGAACGUCUUCAGGAGAAGGAAAGGCAUGCUGCAGAGGUUCGCAGAAACAAGGAGCUCCAGGUGGAACUGUCUGGCUGA